AUGAGAACAAUCUCUCACACACAAAUACACGUAGUGGCCAAUAAUCAAGAUAAACUGGGAUUUGAGGAUGGAUCAGUCCUGAAACAGUUUCUUUCUGAAACAGAGAAAACGUCCCCCGAAGACAGAGCAAAAUGCUUUGAAAAGAAUGAGGCCAUACAGGCAGCCCAUGAUGCCGUGGCACAGGAAGGCCAAUGUCGGGUAGAUGACAAAGUGAAUUUCCAUUUUAUUCUGUUUAACAACGUGGAUGGCCACCUCUAUGAACUUGAUGGACGAAUGCCUUUUCCGGUGAACCAUGGCACCAGUUCAGAGGACACCCUGCUGCAGGAUGCUGCCAAGGUCUGCAGAGAAUUCACCGAGCGUGAGCAAGGAGAGGUCCGCUUCUCUGCCGUGGCUCUCUGCAAGGCAGCCUAAUGCUUUGUGGGAGGGACUUUGCUGUUUUCCCCUCUUCCCUUCAACGUGAAAAUAUAUACCUCCCCAUGCAGUCUAAAAUGCUUUAGUACUAGUGAAACACAGCUGUCCUCCUUCCAUCCUGCAGACAUGCCUUCCCCUCAGCCACACCCAAGCACGAGCAGAGUGCACAGCUGUCCACUGGGCCAGUGUGGUGUGAGCUUCAGAUGGCGAAGCAUUCUCCCCAGUGUAUGUCUUGUACCCAAUAUCUAAUGCUUUCAAUGGCUACUUUGGUUUACGUUCGUAAGUUAAGACCUUGGAUGUGGUUUAAUUGUUUGUCCUCAAAAGGAAUAAAACUUUUCUGCUGAUCAGA